AGAUUACUGAGUCUGAAGACAGUUUAGAUGGACUACCAAAAAGACAGGGUCCAGGUCGGCCCAAAGGAUCGAAACAGAAAAGGAAACCAAACAAUCUAGGCAAACUGUGGGAGUACAUCAGAGACCUCCUGCAAAACCCAGAAACCUGCCCGAGUCUCAUUCGUUGGGAGGAUUACUCCAAGGCCAAGUUCAAAUUCGUCAGGGGUGAUGAAGUGGCAAAACGCUGGGGUGCGAGAAAUGGAAAUACAAAAAUGACUUAUGAGAAAAUGAGUAGAGCGAUGAGGUAUCAUUACAGCAGUAAAAUCUUCCAGUCCGUCAAAAACGACAAUUUAGUCUACCAAUUCGGCCCCAAUGCCACAGGAUGGCAAACAGACAAUCCAAACUUUUGUCGAAAAUGAUCAUCGAUAAGAGUAAAUGUGGACGUCCGCAUGAAAAGGGACCACUUUGUCGAAUCUAUUUUCCGAGAUAUUCACGUUUUUCUCU